AUGAAUCCGAAGUGGCUCUUACUCCCCGUUACGGUGACACUGUUCGCCACAGGUGCGGUCUCGAAUACCGAUCGUUGUGCUGGGCUGCCAGACGGCAGGUUUCUGACCAACUUUCAGCAGUGCAACGCAUUCUUCUCCUGCUUCCGCGGCGAAUCUAUUCCGGGAGAAUGUCCAGAAGGAUAUGUUUUUAGCGAGGCAGAGCAGCUAUGCGAUUUUCCGUGGAACGUCAUGUGUUUGAUUUGCCCCGAGAAUGGCGACGUACCGACGUUAGAGCCCAUCGAUGGCCAGUGUUCGUUCUACACACUCUGCCUCGAUGGUAUCGGCUUUCGACGCGAGUGUGCCGAAGGAUACUUGUUCGAUGCCGUACAAGGGGCUUGUUUUACAGCAGAAGAGGCGCAAUGUGACAUUGGCGUUUGUCCCAGCAACCUGAACCCGAACGUUCCCGUCAAUCUGCCUAAUCCAAUAGACUGCUCCCAAUACUUUAUCUGCUUGGGAGGCGUUGCCGAGCCGCGCCAGUGUGCUCCGACGCUCCUGUUUGAUCCUAUUGCGCAACGGUGCGAUGUGGCGGAGAACGUCGAAUGUGUCGAAGGAAGUAUACCGUCUCCUACCACUUGUCCCCCAACCGGACUACACCUCAUCGGAAACCCGGCGAACUGCAACUCGUACUUUGUUUGCCUGAAUGGCGUGCAGAACGACGUGCCGGUAGAAUGUGCGCCGACACUGAUUUUCGAUAUCACAGACUCGAUGUGCCGUACACCAACCGAAGAUUCCAGGUGCGCGGAUGGAUCGAACCCUCUUCCUGAGGGCUCCGGUGCCCUGGGUAGCAUGGCGUCCGCUCAGCGAAAUCCGUGCCAGGGCGUUGCGGAUGGAAUGUUUGUGUCGGAUUUGCAAACUUGCGACGGGUACUUCAAUUGCCAACAGGGCGUUGGAUCAUUUGCGCGCUGCCCGCCAGGCUUCUAUUUCAACGAAGCGAACCAGUUGUGCGACUUUCCGGAAAAUGUGUUCUGUCACGUGUGCACCGAGCAAGUGGGCGUACAGCUGUUGUUGCACCCGACGCAGUGCAAUCAGUUCAUCACCUGCUCCAGUGGCGUUUCGUUCCUGGGAACCUGCGAAGCCGGCCAAGCGUUUGAUGUAUCCCGGCAGGCCUGCAUCGGUGCACUGCGUGUGAACUGCAACCAGAUUGUCUGCCCACCGGUCGACAAUCCAAAUGUGGUCGUGUUUAUCCCUGGUAACCAGUCUUGCGAGGAGUACUUCAUUUGCCAGUCCGGAACGCCAAUUCAGCGGUUCUGCGCUCCGGGAUUGCAUUGGAACAGGGUCGCAGAGCGGUGUGACUUUCCCGAACUAGCGCAGUGCCCACUGUAA